GUAUUUAUAUGUUACUGAAUUGGAACCUACACAUGCAAGAAAAGUGUUCCCGUGUUUUGAUGAACCUAGUUUCAAAGCCAAAUUCAAUAUACGGUUAAUAUCACCAAACAAAACAUACAAAGCUAUUUCAAAUAUGCCUGAAAUCAUAAUUAAGGAAAAUGACCGGAAUGUUCCAGUAAGAAUCUAUACUAGAAAUGCUAAUGAAGAAAAUAAUUCAUUUGCCGCUAAUUGUACAAAAAGGGCAAUAACAUUUUAUUCUGAAUAUACUAAUAUUAGUUAUCCUUUACCAAAAUUAGAUAUGAUCGAAUAUAAUAGAACAGAGAGUGCAGCUACAGAAAACUGGGGCCUAAUAACAUUCAGAGAAGGUCUGCUUACUACAACAUUGAACGUUUAUAGUAAAUCACAAAUAAAACUUGUGAUUUAUCAUGAACUGAGUCAUUUUUGGUUUGGAAACUUUGUUACUAAUGACUGGUGGAAUGAUUUAUGGCUACAAGAAGGUUUUGCUACGUAUAUGAGUUAUAAACUUUUGGCACAGGAUGAAAAUCAGACGCAGGUGGAAGAAAUGAAGAGUUUUCAAGUAGAUGAUUUUUUCGAAAUUGAGAUCAAUUUUCCUACUGCACCCAUUGUUUCCUAUUUGGCAAGCGACAAAGAUAUAUCAGAUAAGUUUAAUGGUGUCAUAUAUGACAAGGGAGCAUUCCUACUUCUAAUGUUAGAAAAUGUAAUUGGAGAGGAAAAAUUCAGGUUAUCAAUCCAAAAAUUCCUUAAAAAGCAUGCCUUUGGAACAGCAACUACAAAUAACUUUAUAUCAGUAGUGGAGGAAAUGAGUCCAGAAGUGAAUGUAAGAUCCUUCAUGGAGUCUUAUCUUUAUCAAAGCAAAUUUCCGAUUAUAAUAGUAACUACUCUGGAAAAUGGUACCUACGUUUUGAAACAGGGUGUCUGUAAAACAAUAGACUCCGCUAAGUCGAAAGGAGGCCGAUGGACAAUCCCUGUUACCUAA